AUGCAGGCUGGGCUUCCACCACUACCUCCCAAUGUGACUCCACAACAGAUACAAGAGGUCUACCAAAAAUUCCAACGCAUGAAAGCUUCGAAUGUCUCAGAAUCAGAUCCCGAGUUCCUCAAAGCCCGACAGUUUCUCACUGCGGUGCAGCAGCGGCAGAAGUACCAGCAGGCACUGCAAGCCCAAAAGCAGCAGCAGAUGCAGCAGCAGCAAGCCCAUCAAUCCCAACAGCAACAACAGCAGGGUCAACAAAAACCCCAAGUCAAUGGCGCGACGAACGGCGCUGUCAAGAAUGGAAAUACCAACGUCCCAGCUGAUACUUUCAACCCUGUCAAUGCCGCCAGCCCCGGCUCCGCGCCCUCCUCGGCUGGUAACGGCGCGCAACCUUCCGGCGCAGCAGGUGCUGUGCAACGUGUCGCAACGCAAGCCAAUGGGAGCUUCAGUUCGGAGCAGCUGAGUUUACUGAGGACUCAGAUCUACGCGUUCAAGAUGUUGUCGAAGAACCUAGUCCUGCCUGGCAAACUACAACAGCAGCUAUUUCCGUCACAGAAACAGGCUGUUCAGGCUACAUCAGAUGCGCUUGUAGCCGCGAGCAAGACACUAGACGACGCGAGCGAAUCGAAAGAGACCGCGGAUGGGGAAAUCCUUCUGGACAAGGCGUUCUUUGAGACCUACGACUCGCCGUUCGAGCUUCUGAGCAAGUACAUCAGCUUUGCCGACCAUUCCCUGAGAGCUAAGCGCCAGCGCAUUCCGAGUCUUUUACCACUUGGUGUUGAUCCCGAAGCCGCGCGCGAGGAUCAGGAGCGAAGCAUUUACAACAGAGUUCGUGCCCGCCAAGCUGAGCUAUCAGCACUACCUGUCAAUCUAGCGUCAUGGGAUGCUAAAAGUUCGGCGGAAGCCACGGACAAUGACUCACUCAAGCUCAAAGCACUCAUCGAAUACAAGAAGCUGUCUCUCCUGCAGAAGCAGCGAGAUUUUAGGCGCGAAAUCCAACAAGAGCUUUUUAGCUACGAUAACCUGGCCAUGACUGCUAACAGAGCAAUGCACCGACGCAUGAAGAAGCAGUCGUUGAGGGAGGCCAAAAUCACCGAGAAACUUGAGAAGCAACAGAGGGAUGCCCGGGAGAAUAAGGAGAAGACUCGGCAAUCAAACCACCUCAAGGCCAUCCUUGAUCAUGGCCAAGACAUUCGCAAUAACGCUGCUCAACAGCGUGCUCGCUUCCAGAAAUUGGGCAAGAUGAUGACUGCUCAGCAUCAAUUCAUGGAGAAGGAAGAGCAGAAACGUAUCGAACGUACUGCCAAGCAGCGUCUGCAGGCUUUGAAGGCCAACGAUGAAGAAACGUACCUUAAGCUCCUCGGUCAAGCCAAGGACUCUCGCAUCAGUCAUCUACUCAAGCAAACCGAUGGUUUCUUGAAGCAGCUGGCUGCAUCCGUGCGCCAACAGCAGCGGAAAACGGCCGAGCGUUGGGGUGACGAUCAUGACAUGUCCGAAGAAGAAGUCGGCAGUGAUGAUGAAGACGGCGAGAGUAAGGUUGAUUACUAUGCGGUAGCUCAUAGAAUCAAGGAGGAGGUCAAUAUCCAGCCCUCGAUAUUGGUUGGUGGAACCCUGAAAGAGUAUCAAAUCAAGGGUCUCCAAUGGAUGAUUUCGCUCUACAACAACAACCUCAACGGUAUUCUAGCCGAUGAAAUGGGCUUGGGCAAGACGAUCCAAACCAUCUCUUUGAUCACUCAUCUGAUCGAGAAGAAGAACAGCCCCGGUCCGUUCCUGGUCAUUGUGCCGCUCAGUACGCUCACGAAUUGGAACCUGGAAUUUGAGAAGUGGGCGCCGUCAAUCAAUCGGAUUGUUUACAAAGGACCUCCGACCAGUCGAAAAGCCCAGCAAAUGCGGAUUCGCCAGGGUGGCUUCCAAGUCCUCCUCACCACCUAUGAAUACAUCAUAAAAGACCGACCGAUUCUCAGCAAAAUUCGAUGGGUCCACAUGAUCGUCGACGAAGGUCAUCGUAUGAAGAACGCACAGUCAAAGCUCAGCAGCACUCUUACACAGUACUACACGACCAAGUACCGUCUGAUUUUGACCGGUACCCCACUCCAAAACAACCUGCCAGAACUGUGGGCUUUGCUCAACUUUGUGCUGCCAACCAUUUUCAAGUCGGUGAAGUCUUUCGAUGAGUGGUUCAACACGCCUUUCGCCAACACAGGCGGACAAGACAAGAUGGAAUUAUCAGAAGAAGAAUCACUGUUGGUUAUUCGUCGCCUCCACAAGGUGCUGCGGCCUUUCCUACUCCGUCGACUCAAGAAGGACGUUGAGAAGGACUUGCCGGACAAGCAAGAGCGUGUCGUCAAGUGUCGUUUCUCCGCACUUCAAUCCAAACUCUACCUGCAGCUUUUCCAUCACAACAAGCUCGCUGUUGCAGAUGGCAAGGGUGGCAAGACAAGUAUGCGCGGAUUGAGCAACAUGAUGAUGCAAUUACGAAAGCUGUGCAACCAUCCAUACGUCUUCGAGCCUGUGGAAGAUCAGAUGAACCCCACAAAGGCUACCAAUGACUCCAUCUGGCGUACUGCCGGCAAGUUUGAACUUCUGGAUCGUGUGCUUCCAAAGUUCAAAGCCACGGGACAUCGCAUUUUGAUGUUCUUCCAGAUGACACAAAUUAUGAACAUCAUGGAGGACUUCUUGCGGUUGCGAGGAUUUCAGUACCUCCGACUUGACGGUGGGACAAAGUCUGAGGAUCGUAGUGAGCUCCUCAGGCUGUUCAACGCGCCGGGUUCGCCUUAUGACAUAUUCUUACUAUCUACGAGAGCUGGUGGUUUGGGCCUCAACCUUCAGACUGCCGACACAGUCAUCAUCUACGACUCGGACUGGAAUCCUCAUCAAGAUCUGCAGGCGCAGGAUCGUGCCCACCGAAUCGGUCAAAAGAACGAAGUGCGCAUUCUGCGACUGAUCAGCUCCAACUCUGUCGAAGAGAAAAUUCUGGAGGCUGCCCAAUUCAAGCUUGACAUGGAUGGCAAGGUUAUUCAAGCAGGUAAGUUCGACAACAAGUCGACUGCUGAAGAGCGAGACACGUUCCUCAAGACACUGCUCGAAGCGGCCGAGGCAGCGGACCAAGCCGGUGAACAGGAGGAGAUGGAAGACGACGAUCUCAACAUGGUCAUGGCGCGUUCAGACGAGGAGAUGGCACUCUUCCAACAAAUGGACAAGGAGCGUGUCGCAGCUGAUCCUUAUGGACCGGACAAGGCUCUUCCUCGAUUGAUGGGAGAAUCAGAGCUACCGGAGAUUUACAUGGCGGAGGACAAUCCGGAGCCGCCGGCUACCGAGGAAGAGUAUGCCGGUCGUGGUGCUCGUGUCAAGACGCAGGUGCGGUACGACGACGGACUCACUGAGGAGCAGUGGCUGGCGGCUGUGGACGAUUCGGACGAUUCAAUUACAGAGGCGGCGGCGCGGAAACAAGCUCGCAUCGACAAGCGGCGUACCAACAAGGCCAAGCGUGAGCGUGGACCGGGUGAAGGAUCGUCACCCGAGCCUGAACCCGAGCCCGAGCCAGAACCUGAAAGUGAGGAAGAAGCGCAGCCGAAGAAGCGAGGCCGCAAAAGCGGUGGCAACAAGCGCAAAGCCGAGGAAGAGCUUGUCGAAGAGACGCCACCGGCUAAACGCAAGCGCGGUCGGCAGCCUAAGGUCGUGGACAUGCUCAGCGGCAGCGACCGAGCAGCCCUACAAAAGGCGUUGAAGUCAAUCUUCGAGGCGCUGAAGAAUCUCGAAGUGCCGGAUAGUGAUCCAGAGCCCCAGUCGGACGACGAAAGCGACGACGGGCCACCAACGCGGCUGAUCAUCGGCCCGUUCCUGGAGCUACCACCGAAGAAGCUCUACCCCGAUUACUACACCUUCAUCCAAGAGCCGAUCGCCAUGGACAUGAUUGAGAAGAAGAUCAACCAGAACCGGUAUACGAGCCUGAAGGAGUUCGGUGAUGAUAUUAGUCUGCUGGUUAAGAACGCCAAAACCUACAACGAGGACGGGAGCAUGUUGUUCAUGGAUGCUAAUACCAUCGAGGUAAGCUGCCAUGAAAAGAUCAGCAAGCAGCUGCAAGAGCGACCCAAUCUUGCAGCGUUGGAGAAUGGACAAGAUGGGUCAACUGUGGGCGGCUCUGCGGCUGGCACGCCACGAGCUUCGGUCGCUCCAUCUGGAGGCACGAAGCUUCGAUUGACAAUGGGCAACUCGGGGCUGAAUGGGAGUGCGCCUGGAAGCGGGGCCGAAUAA